AAUAUUUCUUAAAGUAAUUAUACUUUUUCAUAAAUAUCAGCAAAUGUUUUUAAUGAAAUGAAAUUAUUAAAAAAAAAAAUUUUUAACUUUGAAAACAAACACGAAAAGAACAAAGAAAAAAAUCAGACAAACAACAAGCAAUUUUUAGAAAAUCGUGACGUUUGGCAAAGGCAACUUUAUAACGAAUACGUAUCAUCGGACAGCAGCGACAGCGAGAGCCCUUCAGAUAUUCGAAUAUCAACUCAAAAUCAACGCAAAGCCGACAUUCGUGGAAAAAUAGUUUUUGAUUUUGAACUAAGUAAGCAAUCGUGUUACCAAAACCAAGUAAACCCGCCGCAUAAAACUUGUUACCAUCACAAAGUAGAAAGUUAUCCGAAUACGGCCGUUGCUUAUGCAAAGACUGGUCAUGCAACUAUAAAAAAAACACAGUCCUUUAAUCAAAACGACCAAAAUAUUAAAAAUUCUUAUGAAGAGUAUACUUCAAAUAAAAAAUGUUUUAACGAUAACUUAUUUAGUCAAAAGAUAGUAAAAGGAGAGAACACGGCAAAAUUAUCCGAAGAUCAAUUAUCGUUUAAACUUGUAUGUUAUGACUUUAAAGCAAUAGAGGAAAGCGACUUAACUGUUCACAUUGGGCAAUGGGUGCGCGUAAUAGAUAAAUCAGACUCAGAUUGGUGGUUGGUUAGAAGUAGUGCUGGAGAUGAGGGUUAUGUACCUAGUAACUUUCUUAUAGAUGUACCCAUACUACCAAAUAGAAAAUUAUUUUCUGAACCAAAGGUAAAUGUUACAGGACCAAAUAUCUCUACUUCAACUAAUGAAAUAAAUAAUUCUGCUUUUGUCUUUAAAAAAUGUACGCCAAAAGUAGCAACUAUAGUUCCUAGGACAAUGACUUCAGACGCUUAUACACCGCCUAAAGUCCAAGCAGCGAACAACAUAGAUUUACAUAAAAACACAAUUGAAAAAGAUUUGAUUAUAAAUCAAUUGAAAAAGGAGUAUAGAGGAUUUAUUAAAAGUAAUUCAGAUAUUUCGCAACUUCAAAAUUCCAACGAAUAUGAAACCAGAGUUUCUUCCUUGUUCUCUGUAACAAAGCCAGAAUGGAGGCGGUCUUUUUCUGGAAACCAAAAAAAGGUUAGGUUUUUAGAUUCUAACAUUGAUUUUGAUAAGUGUUCUUUCAACAACAACUACAGAGAACUUGUGGAAUGUGCCACAUGGUGCUAAAUUAUUUCUGUAAAUAUCGCAUGUAAUGUGUAAAUAUGCUUUAUUGUUCAUAUAUAAUUUAUGUAAAUAAAGCUUAAAUUGUAUUGUAGCAAAUUUAAAUAAAAUAUUUGUUUGGUUUAA